UGCGCAUAUGAUACGGACGUUCGAGCGGAAUAGGCUUUACAGUUAAAUACUUUAGUAGGAAAGCGUACGCAAACGGUUACUGUGUAGUGCAAUAGAAGUAAGCUAGUGGCCAGAACGCACGAGUAACAACCUUGGUACUGCUCACCUGUGUAUAGUUAGCUCCGCCUCACCGUGUGCAUAUUAGAACUUCCACUCACUACUGUUAUAUGAACACACGACCGUGUGCUUCCUCCUACCAAAAACAACAUCUUUAAUAAUUCACCGUCAUGCGUUCAACUAGCAAUUUGCCUCAGCAGUUGAAGGGGCUUCGCAACGCCUUCCAACGACCUGUCGUCCAGAACUCAUCUGCUAAAUUGAGCACGAGUGCGUCGCAGGGAUUGAGUGUAGCAUGCGCACCACAGAACACGUCAGCUCACUGCGUGCGUGCCAUUGCAACGUCGGAAACAAUCGGACGAAGGUUCUCUACUAGCUCGAUAUCUAAUGCGUCCGUGCAAGCAGGAGUGCAUAAUACAUACAUCAACUGGGUCCUGGACAGCCUGAAGUCCUGGCUUCCUUCGGGAACGUCGAGUUUGUUUGCACGCAAGGGUUCUAAUGAUAGCGAUAGUAGCACCGCCAACGGAGGGCAUAACAGUCCUCCGCUGCCAGAGCUGCCGGUCAGAAGAAGGAAUACUGCAGAGGCUCAUACCGAACCUGACUGGCAAUAUCUCACCGCCCAACAACUGUGCGACGCAUCGGGCGAGAACGCACAACCCAUUAUUUUCUCACGUGAGAAUGUAAGCGAGUACUAUAGACAACGCAGCGCGCAAAGUAGAAGCGACAAUUUAAAUACCCACUCCUCGCACCGCAUGUCACACUCUUUGGGUUAUGUGAUCACACAUAAUGUGUUCACAAGUGUAUGCACGUACUUGUUCAAUCCCGUCAAGAGGCUUAGUAUCAGUGCUGUAGAGAGCACUCAUGACACGCUUACGCACGCCCUGACAUGCAGCUAUUCGACCUACUACUCGGCUGAGAACCUCCAGACAUCCGAACAGGCCUGUGCGUAUGUAGAGUUAUGUGACAGCGUUGACUGCUGUCGGAUGGCUUAACCGUUGGAGUGUCUCUGAUUUGCAUACAUAACUAAUUGGGUGAUGAAUGGGCUUUCCAUCGCCGGCAUGAUCGCUGCUGUGGACGUUAUGUUGCUGGGUUUGGGAUACGUUUUGUUCUGAACUCUGCAGCAUUAGACUUGCGGGUGGGGUAGACUACUCUCUCUCGCCCGUCCCUGGACAGGGAAGGUUUAUGUGAUACCAUACUCGUCGUAGUUGGCGUUCAAUGUGAUGCGCCCUGCAGUGUGCUGGUAGCGGUGCCUGUCAAUCCAUGCGCGGCAAAUGAUACCCGCGAGACUAGGGGUUUAGGGGUUUUUAAACCCUACACUGAAGUGGCAUGACCUAUCACAGAUUGUAUGGUAAUCUACCUGCGAGUACUGAGUUUAAUGAGUGUGUUCCUGAUUGUCGCCUGCGUAGUAAUCGCAUGCAACAGUCGUAUCGUCAUGCAGACGAGUGGUGGUAGUGUCUGUGUAUGAAGGCAUUCAUGGGGUAACGAGAUGGCCUGAAGGUCAAAUUAAGGGGCUAUUUAGUUUAUUGAGAGGAGGACGGUUGUUCCACAUGCCGCUGCCCAUCAAUACCGGUACAAGGACUUGGGUCAGUUAUCAUCGUCCGUCGCACACAUAGUCACACUCCCAUACACAGAUGCCAGUAUGGUGCUCCACACGACCACACACACCGCGUGGUCUUGGGUAUAGCGUUUGACAGACUGGCAAUGCGAGCGCCGCUGUUUAACGCAUUGCACAGUGGUCUGCGUAGAGAAGACACGUGCGCACAGUGCCAUUAGCCCGUUUGUGGUUGUGACUGACUCUGAUUCCGUCGGUCGUGUUGGGUGGGGAUGGGUUCGCGCACGGAGUUAUGACGUGCUUGAUAUGCACACGACUGAGUUGCACUGUGUUAUAACGUUCGGAGGCACGAACCAAUCUCUAUACAGACGCCAUACGAUGGUGGACGAGUCGCGUAUCAGACCGUAUAGUCUGCAUGACAUGACUGCCAAACGCCCUGUAGUAGUUACACACCACACAUAGCGAGCUUAUCAGUAUACAGUAGUAGCAUAUCUGUGAGUUGAACACUUAAUGAUAGAAAACUCAGAAGGAUAAGUAAAAAACCAACG